GCUAAACCAAGAAACAAGAACAGAAAAACAAACGAAAUCAAAAUCGGAUUAGAAACGAUCUUAUAUCAAUUGCAAAUAUAAUGCAAGCGUUUCGACGUUUAACAUUUGACAUUUAUUGUCUGAAGUCUGAAGAUGUUAUUUCCCACCAAAAACUCACCCCCAAAAUUUAAACCAAACGAAAAACCCUAAAUCUUCCAUUCAUGUCUAUUACCAAUUUCUCUCAAAUUCAAAUCUCAGUCCACCAUUGUUGCAGAACCGAAUUCUCUUUCUAUUGUCUCUGAAUUCAGUAAUGAUUGGUAAGAAGCGCCCUGGUGUUCCAUUGAGUUCCAUCACCGACGAUAUCAAUGUUAAGUCAUCAGUUUCAAAUACGUCCAAGAAUCACAAGCCGAAUUCGUUUUUUGGAAAAGAAAACUUUCUUCUAUCGUCAACAACUUACAAAGACAUAGGAGAUAAUAAUGAAGCAUUUUACCGAACAAAUGGAGGCUGUUGUCCUUCUUUCGACAUUUAUAGUGACCCUAUGCGGAUAUAUGGAGGCUCUAGUUCAAGUUCUCAAUGGGAGGAUUCGAGCUUGGGCAGUAGCCUUGAUGAGUUGGAUUCUGUGAUACUUGAAAACUCUGCUUAUAGAUCCCCUUGUCUACUUAUGAGUGUUGAUCAUUGCAACGUUGAGAGUGUUUCUGGAAAAUUUGAUUCAAUCGAGUCUACAUUGUUUUCAUCGUCAUCGUCAUCAUCAUUGUUUUUGAGCAAGGGCGAAGAUCUUGGUGGCGAUGACAAUAAAGAUGAGGAAGAGUUUGAAGCUAACACACAAUUCGGCGUGUUGAUGAAGUUGUGCUCUGAAGAAGAUGGUUUCCUCCCUCACGACCCUGACUCUGUGUUGGUUUGUCCCUUGUGUGAGAUUGACAUUUCACAAUGGGAUGAAGAAUCCAGGCAAUGUCACGCCAAUGCUUGCCUUGACAAUUUUGUCAUCCCAAAGGAGCAUUCUCCAGGUUGUGCAAAGAAAGAAACCUUAUGUUCUUCUGACAAGCCUUCUGUUGAUCCUUCGGAUCCAGCUGCUCCUGAAGCUCCAGUAAUUAAAUGGCUUCGUAGUUUGGGGCUUGCCAAAUAUGAAACAUCUUUCAUGGAACAAGAGAUUGACUGGGAGUCACUGCAGUGGUUGACUGAGGAGGAUCUUAUCGCUAUAGGCAUUAAUGCACUUGGACCGAGGAAGAAGAUUUUGCAGUCUCUUAAACAACUCAGGAACGAACAUGACAUUUCUGAAGAACAGGGAAAUAGCGACUCUGGAAACACAGUAAAUGUGACUAAGAAACCAGCCACAAACAAGUUGAUUACACAAUAUUUUUCAAGCCCCACUAGCCAGAACAAGAAUGUGGCAAGUUCAAGACAGAAGGCAGAGACAGCUAAACCGAAACCUCACCAGAGGCAAAUUCCAGCCAAAAGUAUUCCUAAUGGAAAAAACAAAGAUAUUCCUCCAUGGUGUUCAAUUGCAGGAACGCCAUUCCGGGUGGAUGCAUUCCGGUACCUUCGAAGGGAUUGUUCGCAUUGGUUUCUUACCCAUUUCCACUUAGACCAUUACCAAGGAUUGACAAAAUCCUUCUCUCAUGGAAAAAUUUAUUGUUCCAUGAUAACAGCAAAGCUUGUACAUGCAAAAAUUGGAAUCCCAUGGGACAAAUUGCAGGUCAUGCCCCUUAACAAGAAGAUAGAUGUUGCUGGAAUUGAUGUCACAUGCUAUGAUGCAAAUCACUGCCCAGGCUCCGUUAUUAUACUCUUUGAGCCCCCAAAUGGUAAGGUGGUUCUGCACACGGGAGAUUUCAGGUUCAAUGAGGAUAUGGCGAGUACUGUUUCUAAGUUGGGAUGCAAUAUAAAUACACUAAUCCUUGAUACGACAUACUGCAAUCCCCAGUACAACUUUCCAAAGCAGGAAGCAGUUGUGCAGUUUGUCAUCGAGGCCAUUCAAGCAGAAUCUUUCAACUCCAAAGCUCUGUUUUUGAUUGGCAGUUAUACAAUUGGAAAGGAGAGAAUUUUCUUGGAAGUAGCUCGUGUUCUGAAUAAAAAGAUCUAUGUUCCUGCAGCAAAACUUCGUCUUUUGGAGUGUUUGGAGCUGCCUACUGAAGAUAUGCAGCGGUUUACUCUCAAUGAACAUGAGAGUAACAUACAUGUUGUUCCUAUGUGGACAAUUGCAAGCUUCAAAAGGUUGAAACAGCUGUCAUGUCAAUAUGCAGAACGAUUCAGUUUAAUAGUUGCUUUUUCUCCCACUGGUUGGACAUUUGGUAAAGGAAAGAAAACUGCAGGGCGUGCAGGUAGAAGGUGGCAGCAGGGUACCAUUAUAAGAUAUGAAGUACCAUACAGUGAGCAUUGCAGCUUUGAAGAAUUAAGGGAGUUUGUGAAGCUUAUAUCACCGAAUAAAAUCGUACCUAGUGUCAACAAUGAGAAUGAAGCCUCUGGUGAUGCCAUGAUCGAGCUCUUACUAUCGUAAUUGAUGGGUUUCAGACAAAUCCUCGUAUAUGCAAAUUAAGCGAAACACCAAAGGAGAAGUGAGGUUUAAGUGUGUGUAUUGGGCAUGUUAUUAGUAUCUUUUGGCAGAAUCAGUGAAAGAUGAUUCGCUAGUUAGUUCGGCUUUUGAGUUCGUAAUUUGCUCAAAGUGGCUCAAAAAUAGCCUAAAACUGACCACUAUUUACUUUGUUCGAUUUGCGAUUCGUGGAUCAUAUGACACUGGGCAAAAUCAAUGUACUCAUCCAAUCUCAUGACGACUUUUGCUGAUUCUGGAGGUUAUGAGCUGUUGAAGUUCAAAGAAGUUCGAAAAUACUCUUAUUUCAGUAUGUUUAUGUUGCUUGAUGAUAAUAAUUAUCUCUAUUUUCUCAGGAAAGGUACUGAAUUCGAUUAUUGUAUUGCUUGUGAUUUUGAAUAUAUAAUUAAAUUCAUCCUUCAUGGUUUUGUAAUGACAGAGGUUGCGUAGAGUUUAACCUUGUGAAUGUUAUUUCUUUAGCAAUUAUUCCCGCUAUUCCU